AAUGUAGGAUACAAGAGCAAGUGAGGAAUUCAUAUAAAAUGAAUAAGAAUUCAAAUAUAUUAGCGAAUAAGUAAAAUAGAAAUUAAGAAAAGGAGAGUAUAAUAAAAAUGAAAAAUAUAAGAAUGAUAUGGAAGAAUUAAGAAGAUGUGUAAGAUUAUGAGAAUAAAAAAUAGGUAAAAAUGAUGGAAACCGAAGCUUAAAUGACUUCAAAUACUUCUAAAAAAAUAUUAUAGAAUAAGAUUAUAUAAUAUAAGAAAUAAUUGGAUGUGAUUGAAGAGAGUUUUAAUGAAUUAUUGAUAAAAUAAAAGAAAACAGAUAAUCUAAAAGGAAACUUAUUUGAGAAUGAUUUAAUUAUAGAAGAGAUCGAUAGAUUAACUUAAGAGACUGAAUAAAUCGCAUUAAAUGUGGACUCUAAAAUGAAUACAGGAACUCUGGCUUUACAAUAAUCUAAAUUUAAAGUAUGAAAUAGAAUUGAAAUAGAAAUAAGACUUGAAAUCAAAUUUAAGGAAGAGUGAUUUUACUAUUUAGAUGAUGAAUAAUAAAAUAACAUUAGAUAAAGCAUCUUUAUUAGUUAUUAUAAUAUUGUUAGGAAUUAUAGACAUAUUUGCGAUAUACAAAAAGUUGUUAUGA